UGGCUCAGUUGAGGGUGUAAACAAGGAAGUGAAAUUAUGCUGUUGGCCUUUUACAAGUCAAGACUGGACUUUGGUUUUACUUCUAUUUUCUGUAAAACAAGGUGAAGCCUCAGACUGUCACAACAAAGACGACACAUUAAUGCUUCUAUACAGUUUGGAGCAGCUGUUGCUUCUCAGCUGUAAAAAGACUCACCACUGAAUGAGGACUUGAGGACCUUCUUGGACUUUUUCUGUCUUGUUCAUGUGUAAUUUCACACUCUUUUGGAGUUACGUGAACUUUUGAUGGGGGAGAAGCUCCCGAGGGGGCCAGCAGGAGCCCAGCUCCAGACGGACACUUUGAGGAGACCAGUGCGGACCCUCAGGGUUAAGAUGGUACUUCUGGGAAGUUCUGGUGUUGGAAAGUCCAGCCUGGCACUACGAUUUGUCAAGGAUGACUUCAGGAGUACAUCACCUACUGUGGGCUGUGCCUAUCUGACCCGGUUGGUGCAUCUGAGUGAUGUCACGGUUCGUUUUGAGAUAUGGGACACGGCAGGGCAGGAAAAAUACCACAGUGUCACGCCGCUUUACUACAGAGGAGCCCACGCUGCACUCUUGGUCUAUGACAUCAGCAAAAGGGAAACAUUUAUCAGAGCUCAGGUGUGGCUCAAAGAGCUCGAGAAACAGCACAUCCCAGGAUCUACCGUCAUAUGGCUGGUAGGCAACAAGGGAGACCUGGCACAGGAUCGACAAAUCUCAGUGCAGGAAGGACAGAGUCUGGCCAGUGACAGGGGCUUAUUGUUCACAGAGACAUCAGCGCUGUCAGGGGAUCAGGUCAGCCAGCUGCUGAUAGCUGUAGCCCACAGAGUGUUGGAGUGUCUCGGGGAGCAGCAGGGAGUUCUGUCAGAGUGGCAGGAGACACCAAAUGUGGAUCUGCAUCACAAAGACACAUUCAAUCCUUUUGCAUCCUGCUGCAAAAUUGGACCCUAAAACUCUGUCACUGUCACUUGGACAGCUGCUUGUCCUUUCUGUCUGUCGUCAACAUUUUAAAGCUGCACUAGGUAAAGUGGGUGUGAGUACACCAAAACAAAUUAAAUUAAAGGCUUGUAGAUUCUGAAUCUGUGCUAAGACGCGGCAUUUAUCCUGCAUUAUACAUCGUGGUGGAGAUUAAUCAAGAAACACAUUUCAGGUGCGUUACAUUAGUAAUGGAGGCUAUAAUCUACUUAUUAUUAUUGUAACAUCCCUCAGUGAGCAGGCAGUGAGACGUUUGUCAGUUUUCCUGUCUCCUCUUUAUUUUGCCUUGAGUACAGGUAACUGUAGGCUGUAACCAACAUCAACACAAAACAGUAGCCUACUGCUCCUAACUCUGCACCAGCCACUCACAUAGCUUUCCACAUCCAAGACAAACUGUUCUUUCCUCCAACAACACGUCCCGCCCUCACCCCCCAGCCAAUCACGGCUGUGCUGACUCCUGUGGCUCACUGUCAGAGGUAGCUUCAAAGCAUGUAAAUGCUGUCUUCACAGG